AUGAGUAGGGAGCCGUCGACAAUGACGUUGAUCACAUUGUUGUUGAUCAAUGUUUGUCCGAUCAUAGACUUGUGCAGCUUCACCAAAGCUUCAGCAUCUUACACUUGCUCUGUGGCUGCUACAUGUUCAGGGUGUCAUGGUGUAGGAAUGGCAGAGCCAGUGGGCUUCAUUUGUAUAAGAGGCAAGUAUCGUCUGAUGUUGCCCUCACCAUUCUCCUUCCCCCACCAUUCACCGAAACGCUGGCGCUGUCCUUGA